UCGCGGCCGAGGCCCGGCCGCCGCGAGUUCGGAGAGUUCGGAGGCGGAACCCCGCGGGCAGCGCUCCGGGCGCGAGGUGAUCCCUUCCCGGGGCGCGCACCCCGCUCCUCCCCUGCGCGUCCGGCAGGACUCGCUUUCCCACCGAGGACUCCAGGCCUGGUCCCCAGCAGGCUCCUGCCAAGAUGGCCUCAGCAGGAGACCCCCCGGCGGGCCCUCGGGACGCUGCAGACCAGAACUUUGACUACAUGUUCAAGCUGCUGCUCAUCGGCAACAGCAGCGUGGGCAAGACGUCCUUCCUGUUCCGGUAUGCCGACGACUCCUUCACGCCCGCCUUCGUCAGCACCGUGGGCAUCGACUUCAAGGUCAAGACCGUCUACCGCCACGACAAGAGGAUCAAGCUGCAGAUUUGGGACACAGCCGGCCAGGAGCGCUACCGCACGAUUACCACUGCCUACUACCGCGGCGCCAUGGGUUUCCUGCUCAUGUAUGACAUUUCCAACCAGGAGUCCUUUGCUGCCGUGCAGGACUGGGCCACGCAGAUCAAGACCUACUCCUGGGACAAUGCCCAGGUCAUCCUUGUAGGGAACAAGUGUGACUUGGAGGAUGAGCGUGUGGUGCCUACUGAGGACGGCCAGAGACUCGCGGAUGAUCUUGGUUUCGAGUUCUUUGAGGCCAGUGCCAAGGAGAACAUCAAUGUGAAGCAGGUCUUCGAGCGCCUGGUGGAUGUCAUCUGUGAGAAGAUGAACGAGUCCCUGGAACCCAGCUCCAGCCCAGGCAGCAAUGGCAAAGGCCCCACCGUGGGGGACACCCCAGCUCCCCAGCCCAGCAGCUGCAGCUGUUAGGGAUGGCUCUUGACCCCCUCCUGCCCCCUCCUGCCUCUGCAGGGGCUGUGACUGAGGCACGAGCCACAAGGGCUGUCUCCAAGCUCAGGGCACCCCCAUCCCUGCAUGGCUCAGUCCCUUUCCAUGUCACCAUGGUUAGGCAGCCCCUGUCAGAGGCCGCACACCCCAGGGGCUCAGCUCCACAUUUCAGGCAGGGGCUUGGGGACAUUGCCGUGCACUUGUUGGCUGCUUUCCCAGACAUUUUGACAGGGGGCUGUGGGCGGGCAGCAUGUCCCGCAUGCCUGGGGGAGGGGCAUCCACAGUGCCUUCGACCGUGGACCCGUGCCCCGUGCCACCCUGUGCUGGCAUGGCCUGGUGCUUACAGGCUGGAGGAAGAUGUCUUGCGGCGUGGGUUCUCCAAGUUAAUCCUGGGAGGUGUUGGGGGAGACCCUCUUUCUCAGGUCCCCCAGCUUGGCUUUGAGCCUAUCCCAUGAAUCUUCUAGAUGCCAAGGUUCCAAGAUGGGGCAGCGAUUUGGCCCCUAUACACUUCUCCCUCUGGCUUGCAGACCGUCCCCUGGUGAAAACAGUGUGAAGGCCCACAGAAGAGACAGUGGGUCAGACCCCCCACCCCCGAGGGACUCUUAAAGUGCUUUCUGAGCUUCCCUGGGACCCAUGUCACUCUUGACCCGGUCACUGUCUUGACUGAUCCACUUCAUCUCUGAUCCUGAAUUGAAUUCUAGAACAUUCUAGCUACACUGGGUAGGGCCAAGAAUUGCCCAACUCUUAACAUUCCUGCUUGGGGCUUUCUGCCAGGAAUUAACCUCAGAGCCAGGAGACUGGGCCCUCCCUCUGGGGCCCCAUCCGCCUGGUUGUAUUUUCAGCAAGAUCUUUCCAAAUCUUACAUCCUGCUAGAAAAGGAAAUUGGGCAACGAUCCCACAGCCUGCGCUUGCCGGUGACUUCCUGAUGUCAGGUUUGGGCGUCUCCAACUUUUGAAGACCCAGAGUCUUGUUCCCAGGCCAUGUCCUCAGGGUCCCAGUGACAUGACAUUUGUGCCAGUGGAGGAGUCCUGGGUAAAGGGUGCUUUGGGGUCAGGAAGGAGAAUUGGGAAGUUGGGUUGCACCAGCUUCUGUCAUUGCCUCCACUUGUGGACACAGCUGGGGACUGGCAGGUCCUCAUGUUGGUGGGGGGAUGUGCUGUGAUCAGUGUCAGGGAGCCCACGGAGCCAGGACCCCUCCUUGGAGGGUGGAUGCCAAUCGAGGAUCUAUCUUGAUCCUGGAGCCCAGAGGCUCUUGCUACCCACUGGGGUCCACGCUUGCCUGGCAUGGCACCCCUCGCCGCUCCAAACCCCCACUGUCCGCAGCCCGCACCGACACUGUGAGGAAGCCUAAGUGGAUUCUUGGGGUCCCCAUCACCCUGGUUCCAUGUCAAGGCUGUGUCCACUGCCCAAGCCCAUGUAGCCAGAAUGAUUUCCUGUAGUUUUAAUAAGCUCUACCUCCGCCCUGGGUAUAUGUGUGGGAAAACCUGGUUCAAGUUCAAAUUAAAUGACCAAAUAGAAAUGGACAAAUCUUACCAACCCACAAAGGAGGGUAUCUGAAUGUUGGAGGUGGGAGUCCACUUUUUCUCGCUGCUUGAAUACCAAAGUCGAAGCAUCUCAGAAAGCUCUGAAGAUGCUCCAGGCUCAUCAGGAUUUUGCUGGCCGGUCCAUUCUUCUUAAGCUGCUGCCCCAAAAUGAUGGACCAGUGGACCAUUGGUCGAGGACCGAGUUUCUCAUCACCCACGUGAUAAAGCAGCUGUGGCCGCAUCUUGAACUUGACCUGAAAUUUUCUGUUUACGUUGGAUUUUUCAAAAGUUCAGUUUCAAGUAGCAACAGAGAGGGCUGCCUCGGGGUUCUCUCAAAACUCGGGGAAUAAUGUAGGAAACAUUUUUUGGUUUCUCCUAAAACUGGGACCGAUUUUAAGUUUUAUGACAGCAGGGAGGUUUAGCUCCAAAUGAUCACAAGGGAACUGAGACCAAUGUCCUCCUGGUCACUGAGUGGGAAAGAGGUCUGUUGGGUUUAUAAACAGAAAUUAAACCAAAGGCCGUGGGAAAACCACAUCUCAACUCCAGAGGACUGAGGUCAGAGAGCUCCCCACGAGUGCCUUGCUAUUCCCUAUUGGUAGUGUGUCUUUCCACGGGCAGUUUCCGUGGGAGGUUCUAUUUUUCUUUUCCUUUUGCUUCUCCAGGGAUCACCUUCUUGCAUAUUCCUUAACUCCUCCGCCUAGACUCAUACAGGGUGAAACUUGAUCUCAGUAUUAAAGCGAUAAUUCUGCUACCGGCUCCUCCCUGACAGCUCUGAAACACUACUGAAUGAACUCUUGGCAGGUCGUUUGUAUCCUGAAUGUGGUUCUGUGUAAGUGAUUCCUUGGUGUCCAACUGGGAAAUAUAUGCAC